GAUAUAUUCCUGUCCCCAUAUUCAGAGCACAACUCCCAGCACUUGCACACAAAUAUAAUUUUCACAACGUUAAGCAUAAACAAGCAUCUAAAUUCUACGGCUCCACAUUCGAUACAAUUCGAUUGCCCUCGUUUUUCAGUUUUCUUCGAGAUCCGUUUCCAUGGCUAAAAUCAAUCUGUGGUUGGGUAAACUCCGUGACUGCGUUCUGACCGGGCUGCGAGUGGGUGCUGAUCAGAUUUCUUCGGUGGCAAGGAGAUGCCCAUUGAAACCGCCGUCCCUCCAACGGAGCAUCAAGAAACCCAUAACCCUUCCUUCGACCAAGAAGGCUUCCUUCAAUGAAGCCAAUGAAACCUCCAAUUCCGAUGGAAAUAUUUGUGACUUUCAGCAGGGCGAUCCAAUAGAAGCUAACAAGACACCGAGGCCUCAAAAUGGAUUCGUCAGCCGAGCCCUCUACUACCGAGGAUACUACAUACGGCGCUAAAGGAUUCGUGGCCAACAUGAAAUUCCGUCUAAAUGGACAAUUUUACACAUUCUCGGAUUAACAAUCAAAUGGCCUUGAAACACCGGCUAUGUACAAAUCAGCUGAGUAAUUUCUCGAUCACGAACUUUUCCAAAUUAUCUGCCGUGGAAUAUGCAUGUGCCACAUGUGUCACUCUCUUUACGUCUAAAAUUGGAAAUCAAUAAACGUUUGUACUAAAUAUGAGCCAAAGGAUGCAGGAUACAUUUACUGCGAACUCAUCCGAAUUACAAGAUUUUUCAUUUUCCCCGAGCCAGAGAGGCGAGCCCUUCUUGUCCCCAUAGAGAUUUGCAGCUGAAGUGGCGCUGGAGGGAUACACUCGCACUCCCAUGUGUGCCUGAUUUGCACCAUCAUUAAAAUCAUCAUCGUCAGCGUUUGUAAUCUAAUUUGCAGUCAUCUCAUCACCAUUUGACCCCAUAUAUUCGGUGCUCAGCUUGCGAGUGUCCUUUGCAAAAGUUUUACGCCCGGCAUUCAAUUUAAAUGGGGUGGGUGGCCUGGCCCAUUGGCCAUUGGCCACUCGAAGGGUGGUGGUGUGCUUGUUGAAUGACCCAAACCCAAACCCAAACCCAAACCCAAAUCCCAAACCCUAACUCAAAGCCAUGACAAUCUCUUCGAGUGUCGCCAUGAAUAGAUUUCGCCCACAAUAGAGGGGUCUAAUGAAAGGGGUGUGCCGAGGAGUGGCAUGGAUUCGACUUGGAAAGAUCCCAAAAUUGGAGCGGGAAAUUGGUACAUGGUGGUACCACUACAUUUGGAAACCUACUACGCUACACAUGCUCGCGCUCACUUCAAAUUUCUUUUAUUGUACAGAAUUUAGUUAGUGUUUAGUUAAAUUAGUAAAUAUACUUAGUAUACUCUAGGGCA